AUGGAGGAUUCUCUCGAGAAACUUGCGGCUCGCAUUACUACAAGUGCAAAGGCCCUCAGCUCGAUCGUCUCAGCCUCUGAUAAUUCUCAUCUAAACGCGAAUGGCCUCGUCAAUUUUUCACAGGACGAGCUAGCUCAGAAGGCUCGACAGGAUAUCUCAUAUGCUGCUCGGGAGAUGUUGCUUUUAGUUAGUGAGCCGAAUGAUUACCUUGAGCAGCAUCAAGUAAAUUACCAGCAGCUCUCGUGUCUCAAAUGGCUUCUGCAUUUUGAUAUCUUCAAGCAGAUACCACUCAAUGAGCCCAUACCAUUCAGCACCGUUGCAAAAACCGCCAAUGUUCCUAUCAGCAGGCUCAAAAGUGUGGUCCGCAUGACCAUCACGGGCGGCAUACUCACCGAACCACGCUCCGACUACCUUGCACACAGCCGUCUCUCGGCACAAUUUGCAACCAACGAUAACCUUAUUGAUUGGGCCAAAUUCAUGACGGAAUACUCUGCGCCGACAGCGAGCAAGUUUGCAGAGGCAACCGCUCGCUGGGGUGAUACAUCCGAGAAGAACCAAACAGCUUAUAAUAUUGCCUUCGGGACGGAUUUGCCCUUCUUUGGUCAUUUGGCUCAGUCUCAAGAAAGGACGGCGAAUUUUGCAGCUUACAUGCGUAGCUUGAGCGACAGCCAGGGAGUUGCUUUGAGGCAUAUUUUGACGGGUUUUAACUGGAGUAGUUUCGAGAAGGCUAACGUUGUAGAUGUUGGUGGUUCGACAGGACAAGCUAGUUCUCUCCUCGCAACACAUUUUCCCAAAUUCUCAUUCCUGGUUCAAGACCUUCCAGAAACUAUCAUCAAUGCCCCCAAAGCUAUAUCGGGUCUAGAUCCCGGAAUCUCUUCACGUAUCAGCUUCUCGCCGCAUGAUUUUCGGAAUCCUCAACCUAGCUCUGUGGCCUUGCAUACUGACAUAUUUUUCCUUCGCAAAAUUAUUCAUGAUUGGCCUUCCCGAGACGCUCGUAUCAUUCUUUCGCAUCUAUCAGAAGCCCUCCAAAAGCCGGGUGCGUGUAUUGUUAUCAUGGAUACAAUACUUCCGGAGCCUGGUAGCGUCCCAGCUUCGGAGGAGGCAUCCCUUCGCGUGAGGGAUCUGACGAUGGCGCAGAGUUUCAAUAGUGGAGAGAGGGAGCUGAGUGAGUGGGUAGAGUUAUUCGAGAGUGCAACGCCGAAGUUGAGGUUGAAGGAAUGGAAGAAGCCACAAGGCAGUGUGAUGAGUAUGAUGGUGGUAGUGAGAGAUUGA